AUGAACACUCAAAGAAGACAGUCCUGCCAUUUAAUCAUUUCCAAUCUGUGGAUAAUCCAGCUCCUUUUGCAUGCAUCUGUGUGUUCAGGGUUCUCCAGUGUGCUUCCUUUUUCACGGUUACAGCAGCUGCCAUCCAGUCGCCCAGUCCACACAACGCAUUCAUCAUUACCGCCAUGGCACAUUGAUGCCGCCCUGGAUGCUCUACGAUCUCAAAGCCAACUUCCCAUUUUUGAUGUUUUGAGACAAGCGCGGGAAAGCCUGAAAGAUCCACAGAAUCUGUUGUUGCAGGCACCACCAGGAGCCGGCAAAACUACCGUUUUGCCACUGGACCUGUUGGCGGCAGCCUCCCAAUGGGAUACUACGGAAGACGAACUGCCACAAAUCAUCGUGGUGGAACCAAGACGAGUUGCCACACGAUCUGCUGCCCAGCGAAUGGCUUCUAUUCUCCAACAAUCCACAGGGCAAACGGUGGGAUACGCCUUUCGUGGAGAAGCCAAGCUUUCCAAAGGCACCCAAGUGAUUGUGAUCACGGACGGGGUACUGUUGAAUCGAAUGCGUCAAGACCCAUCACUGGCGGGUAUUCGGUCCAUUAUCUUUGACGAGUUUCAUGAACGAGGAGUUGGGUCUGAUACUGCCUUGGCUCUGGCAGUGGAAAUCCAACGAUCUCUUCGCCCAGAUCUUCGGUUGGUGGUCAUGUCAGCAACGCUGUUUGAUGAUGACAAUAGCGAUGCAAAAGACAAACUGGUCAGAGCCUUGGGUGGACGCGAAAACUGCAAAGUUCUCAUCAGUAAGGGAAGACAGUACCCUAUCAAAGUGGAAUGGGCCCGAAAAGGAUACGCACCAUUGGCGCUCCUCAUGAAAAGCCGCAAUGAUUUGGUGUCCACAAUGUGUCAAGCUAUUGAAGAGGCACUUCAUCUCGCUCCCAACAAGGGAGAUAUCCUUGUAUUUCUACCAGGGGCUCGCGAAAUUGAACGGGUCGUAGAAGAUCUCACAUCACGCCGCGUCGACGCGGAGGUGCUCCCACUUUACGGGAGUUUGCCCAAAGACAAGCAGGACUACGCGCUAUAUGCCUCCUUUGCUUCGAAAAGGCGCGUGAUUGUGUCUAGCCCCAUUGCAGAAGCAUCCUUAACGCUGGAGCGAGUCACUUGCGUCAUAGAUUCCGGUCUAAGACGGGAACCACGAUGUGAUACCGAUACGGGGAUGCCACGCUUGGUGACAACCCGCUGUUCCAAAGCAUCCGCACGGCAACGAGCAGGUCGAGCAGGACGGACUCAAGAAGGACUUUGUCUUCGAAUAUACGCUGAAUCCGAGUUUGAAAAUCAAUUCGCAGAUCACUCGCCACCCGAGAUUAUGAGUACGGACCUGGUGCCAACACUACUGUUCCUUUCGGAUUGGGGUUGCCUGAGUCCGGCCGAAAUCUACGAUGAGGUGGUGUUUGUGGAUGCACCCGAAGGCCCCGCAUUGAAGAGAGCGUAUGAUACGCUGAUUGCCUUGAAGGCACUGGAGGAAACGGAUGAUGAUCGAUACAGCUUUACAGAGCUAGGGCGAUCACUUGUUCAACUGCCUACCCACCCGCGCCUAGCGACUGCCAUUACACUCGCAGCGGAUGCUCGUGAGAAAUUAGCUGCUGCCGUGAUAUCUUCCGCGUUUUUGGAUGAAGACAGCAGCGGAUUUCGCACAAGGGAACCAAACCUGGCGCCACGCAUUCGAGCAGUUUUGGAAAGUUCACGGCAGUCAUUCCAGGUGAAGAGCAUUCUACAAUAUGCAAGUCGAAUCAGCAAGGAGGCAGUAGAGUCGAUUCAAUACUAUUUAGACGAUCCAACAAAUAUUCGGGAGGUUCUGGACGUGAUUGGGGAAACACUGCUUCCAGGCUUCGUCGAUCUUGUGGCAGAACGAAAAGGGGAUGCUUCUUAUGGCGGGACAACAUAUAUGCUGUCACUUGGAAGGUCAGCGCGGUUGGAUGACACAAGGGACUCUCCUGAAUAUGUUGUGGUGGCAGAGACAACCACAGGCGAUGACGGGAUCGCCCGGAUUCGUUCCUAUGCAUCUGUUACAGAAGAUGCUCUUCGUCGUGUCGCCAUCGAGAAGGAAGUCGUUUUCACCGUGCCCAGCCGUGGGCACGAGGUUCGGGCAAAACGUUCCUUGACCGUAGGAUCGCUGGAGCUUUCUUCUACUCCGUUGCCAGCUCCGACCGCCGAGGCAAGAUCCGAAAUUCUCUUGGAAACAAUUCGCCAACUGGGAGGGGUGUCGACGGCGUUACUGCAGAACAUUCCAAGAGAUAAACGAACAGAGAUCGAAGAGCUUCGAGAGCGUGUUCGUCUUGCAGUAUCGCUUGACAGUGGAUCAGAUUGGCCGCUCUGCUUUGCUGCCUUGGACGCGAUUGAAAAGGGAGAGGGGAAACCCAGUGAUAUCAACCAAUUGGAGGAGCUAGUUGAGCCUUGGUUGAGUUCGGCGGAGUCUCUCAAGAGCCUCAACCUAUUUAAAAUCUUGGCAGGAUCGCUUACACCAGACCAAAUCGUUUCACUUGAUCAAGACUACCCAGCAAAGAUCGCAGCACCUGACGGAACACGCAUUCCUGUGCAUUACUCAAAUGGGAUACCCACAGCGUCGGCCAAAUUGCAACAGUUCUUUGGGCAGACUGAAUCGCCCUGUAUUGGGCCUCGCAACAAUCGAAUUCCUGUGUCUUUGUCUUUGCUCUCCCCAGCUGGAAAAGAGCUCGCGAAAACAAAGAAUCUCCCAUUCUUUUGGAAAGAAACGUAUCCAUCCGUGAGGGCCGAAAUGAGAGGUCGAUAUGCCAAGCAUCCCUGGCCUGAGAAUCCUAUGGAAGCCAUCCCUACUCGUCAAACAAAAAAGCAACAAGCUUCGGUUGCCAACGGCGCUGCAGAGCCAACGACGGCCAAGAAGAAAAGGGGUGGAAAGCGGCGUCGUUGA